CUGGCAAGCUAAUUUUCCAGGAUGUUUUAAAAACAAAAAUAAAACAUACACGCCACUUUUUACUUAAAAAAUGGGUUCCCUAUUAAGAAUAUUUUACCUCUUAAGCAGAAGCCCAGGAAGCAUAUUCCUCUAUUGACCCCCCAAAUGGGCGCCCAUGAUGACAAAGAUUGCCAGGAUCUGUUGUCUUCAUUUAAGAACAAACAAUUGUGUGAAAAAUCUAAAAUUAUCUAUAAUAGGGUUUGUGACAGUAGACACAAGUGUUAAUUGAUUUUUUAUUAUGAUACGAUUUGAUAUCAAGCGACAUGUUUUCGCACAAUUAAUCAGAUUGAAGUGGAACCAAAACAUAUUACCGUAUACUGUGAUUAUCAUAUCAUUUUGGGUGGUGUAACUAUUUGAAACAUAAGAGUAUACUCAAAAUGAAGUUUAUCCUAGUUCUUGCCCUUAUUUCUGCUUCUUUGUCGCAGAUGUCCGCAAAAUAAAAUUCACGGCGCGUAGUCUGCUAUGUAGGUACCUGGGCUACAUAUCGUACCGGAAACGGCAAAUUCGAUAUCGAGAAUAUCAACCCCAAAUUGUGCACCCAUCUCAUAUAUACUUUUGUCGGUCUUCACGUCAACGCAUCCAUCCACAUCUUGGAUGCUAAUUUGGACAUUAACAAAAAGGGCUACAAGAGAUUCCAAGCACUCAAGAAGGAGAAUCCUAGUUUAAAAACGUUGCUCGCCAUCGGAGGAUGGAACGAAGGUUCAACUACUUACUCCACCAUGCUCAGUGAUUCUAACCUGAGGAGAGCCUUUGUGAAAAAUGCUGUGGAGUUCCUGAAAACGCAUGGCUUUGACGGUUUGGACUUAGACAUCGAGUACCCUGGACAAAGAGGAGCUGCUGCAUCAGAUAAGGAGAACUACUCAAAAUUGAUUGAAGAAUUGAGAAAGGCAUUCGAGUCACAUGGUUUCCUGCUAUCUGCAGCUGUACCUUGCACUGGAAGCUCUGCCGAUAUUUCCUACGAAGUUCCAAAAUUAAACGAAUACCUAGAUUUCAUCAACGUUAUGACCUAUGAUAUCCAUGGUUCGUAUGAUGGUGCAGUAGGUCAUGUGGCCCCAUUAUACGCUUCAUCUGUGGAUAAAUCUCAAUCUGCUAAACUGCUCAAUGUGGACGAAUCGAUUAAAGCUUGGAUCCAGAGAGGUACUAGUCCACAAAAACUGAACUUGGGUAUUCCACUCUACGGUAGAACUUUCACACUUAAAGACCCAAAACAUGUCGAGAUAGGAGCUAAAAUUACUGGCCCAGGAGCUGCAGGACCUUACACCAAGGAAGCUGGCACUUUAGGAUAUAAUGAGGUUGUUGAACUACAACAAAAAACAAAAUGGACUGUCGUUUUUGAUGACGAGCAAAAGGUACCCCAUGCCUACCAUGAGGACCAGUGGGUUGGAUACGAUGAUCCAAAGUCAAUCAAAAUCAAGGUGGCGUACGCAAAAUCAAUGAAUCUUGGAGGAAUAAUGGUAUGGUCAGUCGAAACCGAUGACUUCUUGGGACUAUCUGGAACGAAGAAUCCUCUGCUUACUACUAUAAAUAAUGAAUUACACUAAAUUUUGUAUAGCUCUUUUUUUAGUUAAAGACGUUUACAAAUAAAGAUACAAGUAUUACCGACAAUACCGAUUUUUGAAAUGCAUUAUGCAAACGAAAUUAUACAGUUAAGUUAAAAUGAAACUGUUAGAAACUGAUCACGAAACUGAAACUGCAGCCCAAGCCCUUGACCAGAGCUGAGCUUUCAAAAUUUCCAAAAAUAUUAAACUUUUAAAAACUUUUAAUACUUUGAAAGACUUAAAAAAUUGAGAAUUCCAAGUUCUGAAAUUUUUGGAGAUUUUUAAAAUUCUAACGGAUAAGGAAAUUUCGGCGAGCUUGAAACAUUUGGAAACUAUGAGAAUGUUGAAAAUGAUGAAUUAUUGAAACUUUUGAAGAUCUUAAAAAUCUUGAAAACCUGUAUGACAACUGUUAGUCUACUGUGAAAUACAAAUGUUAAAUUUUUACUUGAGGGUCACCCGAG